AACAGCUCUGGGUUUACAGUGGAGGGAAAAGGCGCCUUAGCAGUUAGCUGAGAUGCUCGCUGGGCUUCAUGUCUGCAGCCGAAAUGGAGACAGAUUCCCGGGAGGAAAAGAGGACCGUGGUGGUGUCCGGUGUGCCCGAAGUGCUGCCCGUCAGCAGGAUGAUAGACAAGCUAACAAUCCACUUCCAGAGCUCCAGAAAGAGCCAUGGAGGAGAUGUGGAGGUCGUCAAGUUACCCACCAACAUGCAGGGGGUCGCUUUGGUCACUUUUGACAAAGCUGAAGAUGCAAACAGGGCGUUGGGAAAGGAGCAGCAGAUCAUGGCGGAUGAUGAGUUUCCAGAAGAAUACCCGCUCACUGUGUUCCCCUUCUCUACAGAUGUGUUUUUCUACGUCUCCAACGCUACAGUUGAUCUCUCCGUGUUCGGCAGAGAUCCGUCCUCGCUGAUUCAGAGUCUGCGGUCAGCUCACAGGUCGAUACGUUUCCAACCUUCACCAAAGCAGAGAAAAGCUACCAUCGAAGGGCCUUUCACCGCCGUCCGAGCCCUGAGACAGGACCUCAUCCUCAGGGCGGAAAGGCUUAACUCCACAGCCCAAACAGCUGCCGUCAAACUCAAAGAAACUGCUCCUAAUCCCAGGGUCACAUCUCCUCACACCUCUGUAAGCCGCCACGGGGCUAUAGCUAAGCUGGGACCAGGAAGUUCUAACUGCUUAUCACCUCCACUGCACACCACAGGUGAGGAAACACAACGCCUGCAUUCUAAAACUCAUUCCCCGAGGCGAAAAGCAUCCCGUGAGAGAGAUCGGCUCGAAAUACCCACAGAAAACAGAACAGAGCAAGUAGAGACCAACCCCAGACCAGUGCACAAUUCAAGGAAUAGACCUUCCUUAAUAGGCCUGGAGAUGGAACUAUCUCCUAAACAGUCAGGGGUAGAUGAUAUUUCAGAUAAAGGCAGCAGACCAGAAAGGGUUUCAUCCUCUAAGAUCAGAGGAGGGAGUCAGACAGAAAGCAGCAGCGCUGACUAUCUGCAGGAAUCAGAUCAGAAGAGCCCUGCCACGACGUCUAAGAUCCAAACCAGACACAAACAUGUCUCAAAGUCCUCCAAGAGUAACACUGAGGACACGGGAAAUGUGUCUGCAGUUGGUCUCGAGGAUCAGGAGGAUACGUGCAUCUGGGUGGACUCCUACGUAUUCAAUUACAUCGAAAGAUUUGACAAAAAGGAUUUCGACCAACGCUCCAAAGGUGUUGAUGUGUCCGUUCAGAGCGAAGGCACUGACCUCGUAAGGUUGGUUUUAACCGAGAGGCCAACUUCCACGGUCUCACGGCUGCAGUAUGCGUUAGGAAGCCUCAAAACUCUAGUGGAGAUUUGGAGGACACUGUUGAGGGUUCAUCAGAUCAACUACAACAAGAAGGAUAAACAGAAACUGAUAGAAAUCUGCAAAGAUGUGGAUGUCCUGUGCCUUAACGUUUUAUACAUGAUAGAGGACUCUUGUGUUAAAGUCAUUGGCUACUCAUCUUCUAGUCACAUGUUCUGUCAAAAGGUGGAGGAAAGACUAAACCCAAAGACCCUCGAAGAAGAUUUACAUGGAGGAGAAAUACAUGACUGCAGUUCUAUAACAUGACCACAGGGUGGCAGCAUUGUGCAGCUCCUGCACAGUGUGUCUGAAAUCAACUUAAAGUUAGGCAUUAUCAGCACAUUUUUGAUUACUCUGUUCCACAAAAACAUGUUUUUUUAUUACCCUGGCUAAUAAUCAGAGUUCUAUGAGUUAAGAACACUGUGUUAAUGACAUUCCUGCCUCUAUAACCCAGUUUAAUGUUCUUAUUAAAUGAAAGAAUCAAAUGAUUUCCGUUUGUUUAGCGCGGGUUGAUAAUUAGCCCUUUUAAAAUGAAGUGUAAUACAAAGCAUGUUCUCACAGCAGUAGGGACACAUCUUAAUUAACCUCCUCACGUCUCAAUAACAAUAGACAGGCUUCUUAUUAAAAAUUAGAAUUGACAACCCAUACAUAUUUUAGUUAUGUAUUUAAUGCAGAAAUAAACGUGGAAA